AUGGCAUUUUGGAACUUUAUUAAACCUUGCUCUGGGUCUCUGAUGUCGUGGAACACAGCACGCGAAAAAUUAAAAGAAAGCUCCGCAAACAAUGCUAAUCUAUUUCCUUUUUUGCAAAGACAGGAGAAACAAAGAAAUAGAAAGAAAGAAAUAGAGCCCAUCGAUCAGCUGUGGUUGUUUCUAACAAGGGUGCGUCUUGGCUUAUUCGAGCGUGACUUGGCACAUAGAUUUAGUGUCUCUGUAAGUACCGUGUCUGAUGUUUUUAUUACUUGGGCAAACUACCUUUACAUAAUGUUGGGAAGUUUGCCUUUAUGGCCUUCAAGAGACAAAAUAAACCAACACUUGCCAGAUUCCUUUAAACGAAAGUAUGAAAACGUACGUGGAAUUCUUGAUUGCACAGAGCUGAAAUGUGAGUUGCCCAAGGAUUAUCAGAAGCACUCAGAAAUG